UAUGAAAGCCCUUAAUUGAACACUGAAAAACUCAGGUUAAACUUCAAAUUACCGGCCAAAUUCUCCGGCGACUGCUACAUUCUCUCCAUCUUUUCCGGCAGCUCAAAUCGAGCUUAAAAUAUUAAUCAGAAUAGUUGAUAUGCUUUUGGAAUGAGGAUGAAGAAGAAAAUGACACCAGAGAUGGUUGGUCUAUCUGUUGGAGAGAAGAACUUUAUUAAGGGUGGUAUUGCCCAGGAUCUGCGAAAUGAUGGUAGAAAACGGCUAACUUAUCGACCAAUUUAUGUGGAAACAGGUGUUAUUCCUCAGGCAAAUGGAUCUGCAAGAGUCAAGUUGGGUGAAACUGAUGUUAUUGCCAGCGUUAAGGCGGAACUUGGGAAACCACGUGUAUCUCAUCCUGACCAGGGAAAGGUUUAUAUUUACGUAGAGUGCAGUCCCACAGCAGAGCCAUCAUUUGAGCGCAGAGGAGGUGAUGAAUUGUCCACAGAGCUCUCGAUAGCACUUGAGCGGAGUCUCUUGGGUGGUAAAAGUGGAGCAGGGGCUGGAAUCAAUCCGGCAUCUCUCUUGAUCAAAGAAGGAAAAGUAUGCUGGGAUCUGUAUGUCGAUUGCCUUGUUAUUAGUUCUGAUGGAAAUCUGCUGGACGCACUAGGUGCCGCUAUCAAGGCUGCAUUGAGCAAUACAGGUAUUCCGAGAGUUCAGGUUCGUGAAGCUGCCUCAUCCGAUGAGCAGGCAGAUGUCGAUGUCAGUGAUGAAGAAUUUCUGCAAUUCGACACCAGUGGAGUACCCGUCAUAGUUACUUUGACAAAGGUUGGGAGGCACUACAUUGUCGAUGCAACUUCAGAAGAGGAAUCGCUAAUGAGCUCAGCUGUUUCCAUUUCUGUUAAUCGACAUGGAAUGAUAUGUGGAUUGACUAAACGAGGAGGUGCAGGGUUAGACCCUAGUGUCAUACUCGACAUGAUAUCUGUCGCGAAACAUGUAAGUGAACAACUACUAAACAAACUUGAUUCGGAGAUAGAAGCCGCUGAAAGAGCAAAUGAAGAAGAACCAUGACAUAGCUCGACGGAUUUUUACCUAUAUAUAGUUGUUCAACCUCACUAAUAUUUUGCAGCUAAGUGAAGCUAAACUUUUGUUAUAUCAAUUUGUAACGGUGGUGUUCGUGUAAUCAUUUGUAAGAGUUAGAUUUUUAGGACCCUUCCGCGAGUACAUGGCGCUCGCGGUGUAGUUGUGAAGCGAUUUGGAUUCGAUUGUUUUGUUGAUCAAACAUUGCUGCGCAUGGAUGGUUGUAUACUGGUUCAUUUGAAAAUGAUCUUCAAAAUCUUUUGAUUUCUCUCUUCA